GACUUUAGAAGAAGUUUGAAAAAAUAUAUAAUAGAAAUAUUAUUUAGAAUGAAAUAUUUUAUUAAAAUAUUAUUAUUACAAAUCAUUUGUCAUAAUUUUUAUUGUGUCACCGCUCAAUGGUGUAAAAGAUAUCAAGUGGUUAAUAAGACCCGUGUCCAAUGGCAUAAGGGCGAACGUAUGGUGACAAGGAGAAAAUUAUUUAAUGUUAUUAGAUAUUCAAAUGUACCUUAUCGGUACUCAACCGUAGAGAACUAUCAUGACUAUGAGCGAGUCAAUGUUUGCUGUGAUGGUUACACCAAAAUUAGUGAUAGCAAAUGUGAACCCAUUUGCAGUCCUUCCUGUCCCACAAAUACCCAUUGCAUACGACCAAAUAUCUGCGAAUGUGAUGUGAAUUAUAAAGGUUACACUGCUAGUGCAACAACUAUACAAUGUGAACCGAUAUGUAUUCCCAACUGCCCAAAAAAUGCCCAGUGUAUUGCACCAAACCAGUGUCGCUGCAAUAGUGGUUAUCAAAUGGAUUCAGUUAGUGGUGAAUGUUUUCCCAUUUGUAAUAAUUGUCCCGAAAAUUCGAUAUGUACCCAACCCGAUCAGUGUACAUGUAAUGCAGGAUAUUUAGAUAAUGGUUUAGGUGAAUGUAAACCAAUAUGCAUCAAACCAUGUCCUGAAUUCAGUGAAUGUACCAAACCGGAAAAAUGCACUUGUCAGCAGAAUUACAAAAAGAACGUAAAUGGUAAAUGUGAGGCGAUAUGUGAACAGGAAUGUCCUGAAAAUUCCCUUUGUAUUAAACCCAAUGAAUGUAGUUGCCAAAAAGGUUAUGAGGAGGCAGAAUAUAUAAAUGCUACACGAUUUAAAUGUUUACCAAAAUGCAAUAAUGGUUGCCCUUUAAAUGCACUAUGCAUUAAGCCCAAUGUGUGUGAGUGUCAAAAGGGUUAUCGAAUGUCACCUGAUAAUGUAUGUCAACCUGUUUGUGAAAACGAAUGUCCUCAAUAUGCCACUUGUAGUGAACCCAAUAGAUGCAGUUGCCAUGAGGGCUAUGAACAGCAAGAGCUACAAUGUCAACCUAUUUGUGAGAAAGCCUGUCCAGAACAUGCCAGCUGUAGGGAACCCAAUAAAUGUCAAUGUGAAGCUGGUUAUCAAAUGACAGAAGAAAACAUUUGCCAACCUGUUUGUGAGGACAAAUGUCCUCAAUAUGCCACAUGUAUAGAACCUAAUAAAUGUAGCUGCAAUAAAGGCUAUGAACUGCUAGAGCAACAAUGUCAACCGGUUUGUGAGAAAUCCUGUCCAGAACAUGCCAGCUGUAGUGAACCCAAUAAAUGUCAAUGUGAGGCUGGCUAUCAAUUGAAAUUAUCCUCUAUAUAUAAUCUAUUCUGUGAACCGAUUUGCCAAGCCAACUGUUCCACAUUUGGCAAAUGUGUGCAACCGAAUAAGUGUGAAUGUUUAGAAGGUUACGAAAUGGAUGAGCUGGAGGUAUGUCAACCGAUUUGUAGUAGAGGCUGCAAAAAUGGUUUAUGUUUUCAACCCGAAAUCUGUAUCUGUAAUCCGGGCUAUUUAAUGGGUCCGCAAGAAGAAUGUGAGCCAUUCUGUUCGUUGCCCUGUCAAAAUGGCUCCUGCAUUGAGCCGGAGAUAUGUCAGUGUCAUGAGGGUUAUAAAUUGAAAAAUAACUCUAUAAACAUAUGUGAGCCCCUAUGUGAUCCUCAGUGUAUAAAUGGUAUUUGUGUGGCGCCAAAUGUUUGUAUAUGUCAUGAAAACUAUGAACCCACAACAACUGCAAUUGGUCUAAAUCACCACAAUUGUCAAGUAGUAGCAAACAUCACUAUUACUACUACUACACAACCGGAAUUUGAAACCAGCACUUAUAAACAACAGUCUACAGCUCAAAUGUUAACUACCCUAACUACACUAGAUCUCACCAGUACCCUUAAUCCCGAUCAAUUAAGACAAACCUCAGCCAGCAACUUAGUAUCGGCUGAUAUUUGCAAUGAUCGUUGCCACUGUUGGCAAGAGUUUGAUGAAUAUGGUCCACUAAUAACAAAACAAUGUGUACGUUUGUGCGUCGACGACUUUGACAAACCCUGUCUAGAUUUAAAUCGUUGUAAAUGUGAUGUCGCUAAAAAUCAUCUAAUUUGUCAAGCCACGGAUGAUUCUAUGGAACUGGACGACGAUCCUCUUUUCUAUAGAUGUAAUCUAGAACGUUUUAAAGCCACCACCUUUAAACCACUAAACGAUGGUGUAAGUAGUGACAUGAAAAGUGUACAACCGGAGAAAAUGUCAAGCUUUCCUUGGUGGUGGCCCGUUAUAGCGGCAGUUUUAGUUGUUUCAAGUGUAAUUGUGGGUCUGUUAUAUGUGCGCUUUAGAAAAUUUGAGGUUGUGACAACAACACUAAUGUUGUUCUAUGGCUGUCAGGGCCAAUAUAAAAAUACCGGCAUAAAGACACGCUACCCAUCGCCCAGUUCGGGUAAUUUAAUUUUGGGCAAUGCCACCGAACAUAAUGAAACCAAUCAUUAUGUUUAUAGUCAACAGCCACAUUUUGAGAACCCACAACCACAGUACAACACCUACGAUCGUUAUAAUGGCAAUUUUAAGCCUGCGGAAUAUUACCCAGGUGGAGCUGCAGUACCCACCGUGACAAGACCGCCUGUAGUCUUAGACGCCACUGCGGAGUUUAUUAACAAAACCAGAUCGGCCAUGGCUUCUGGUAUUUGUUAUACAGAAGUACCUCUACUUUUAGGCUAUAUAUUAAAUGUGAUCGUUUAUUUUAAUUUUUGUUGGUUUUUGUAUUUUUUACAGAAUAUAACCAAGACACGCACCAUACGUUUCUGUUGCUCUGGAUAUGAAGGCAACAUAUCGAUCAAUGAUACGGUUUGUAAACCGGUUUGUAGAGGUGGUUGUGGUCGCGGCUAUUGUUUAAAACCCGAUGAGUGUAGUUGUGAACCUGGUUAUAUGGGCAAGCACUGUACGCAACGUUGCGAUCACGAUCAUUGGGGUCUGGAGUGUAAAAAUCAGUGUCUGUGUCAUAAUGGUGCCGCUUGUGAUAAUAAAUCGGGCAUAUGUCAUUGCACCAUAGGAUGGACAGGGGAAUUUUGUGAACAACCUUGUCCCAUGGGUACUCAUGGCGUUAUGUGCCGCAAAGCCUGUGAGUGUGACAACAAACUGUGUCAUCCUCAGACGGGUGCCUGUGAUAAUCCGCUGGAACCCACCAUUGCACCAAAUGCUACACAUGUCAUGAUAGCUACGCUUAAUUCAACCAUUGUCAAUAUCACUCAUAAUUUGGAUCGUAUAGCUAAAAAUAUAGUAACCAUAGCCACCUCUACAACAGAAAAUAUAAAUUUGGCAUUACCACCCCAGAUUUUAGAAUUGACCACGGUCAAAACGAUACCCGAGGUAAUAGUGAUAAAGCAGGAAGAACCUCCUCAUACACCUAAGAUUAUUGUUCAUCAACAGGGUUCAGGGUUAUUGGAAAAUUUACAUGGUGCUGCUAAAACUCCCGAAGUAAUACAUGUUAUAACCAAUUGGCCAUCAGGUACACAGCCACAUCAUAAUUUGACGCAGGAAGAGAAGAUAAAUUUGGCAGGAUUUGGCAUUCAUGGUGGCAGCCAGAGUAAAGAAGAAACUUUCAAAUCCACCGAGAAUCAUACUGCUGAUCACGAGAAUAGUGUGCUUACCACUCUGCUGGUGAUAUUGCUGAUUAUUAUGGUGGCUAUAGGUAUAGGUUUCCUAUAUGUUUAUCGUAGAUAUCACUUGCAGAAGGCCCAAGUAGAGGCUGCCUUGGCAGCACGUAAUGUUAGCCUAGUGCCGGGGGUAAAUGCUCCCAUAGUUAUAACACCUCCACCCCUACCGCCUCAUACAAAUGAACAGCAUUUGAAAGAAAUGGGUGGCAGUGGUCUGGGAGGCGGUGGUACUUUAAAUAAAAGUUUUCUUAAACCUUUGCCCGAUUUGCCGGCCUUUACACAAAUGGUACGCAAUAAAAUCGAGGGACCCGACUUGUAUGAUUCACCCAGUAAUACAUCCUCUUUAACCUCGCAAACACCUACACCCACACCAUAUGCCUAUGCACGCAAAGAAUCUUUAUAUUCGAUGGUUACACCUAAAUCUCGUAAAGGCAGCAUGGAUUCUCAUUUAUACGAUGAGAUACGUUAUCCCACAGCUUUACAUCAGCAAAAUCAUCUUAAUACAUCGAACAUGUAUCCACAUCAUCACCAGCAACAACAACAACAGCAUCACCAGCAACAUCAUCAUCAUCAACAACAACAUCAUACUCAACAGCAACAUCCGCAACAUCAUCAGGGCUCACAUCAUCAGCAUCAUCAUCACCACCAUCACCAACAGCAGCAACAACAGCAGCAUCCUUCAAAUCACUUAACAACACCCACCACACAUCAUGUCUCACAUUUAAUAAUACCACCACAGAAUUCCAAAUAUUUACAAGUGCCACAAAUUUCUCACACAUCACAUAAGGUUGCUCAUAUUUAAUUUAAUUAGAGUUAAGCUAUUUUACAAAUUAUAUUUAUUGUGCAACAAGAUAUUGUAUUUUAUAUUUUAUUUUUUUAUAAUCAAAUUUUAAUUUGAUUUUCUUUGUAAUUGUAUAUUCGGAGAAUUUUUUUUUAAAUAAAU